AUGAUAUUAUCUUUUAGAAAACAUGAAUGUAAAAAAGACAUGAAUUUCAACGUCGACUUAGUUCAAAACAUCUCUCAACUUCUUUCACCUCUAAUUACUGAAGAUGAAUUAAAAUAUCUUAAAAAACUUCCGAGAGGACCUUUAUCUAGUAAAUUGUCUCAUCAAGAUACUAUUGUUCCUAAUCUAUUGAAAAAUGCAGAAGAUGAAGUUCUACGCUUAUAUCAUAGGCAGGAAUACUUUAGAAAAGCUUAUAAUAAUACACUUAAACGAAUGGAUACUUUAGCUAAUAGUCUACCAUCAUAUGCUCUUGAUUAUAUUACAACUUCAGGAUAUCAUAAAGAUGCACUUAAUAAAGAAGAAGAAGAAGAAGAAGAAGAAGAAGAAGAGGAUAUUCCACUUGACCCUGAUUAUAUUAAUUUUAUGAUGAAAACUAUACAACAUCGUCAAAAUCGUGAUAAUAUUGAAUCAAAUGUAUAUGAUAUUCAAUCAAUGUUAAAGGCGCCACCUCGUAAAUUAAAUCAAUCUACAGAUAUUCAAACAAUUGAUUCUCAAAUUGAAAUGCUUGAAGCUUCUCUAUUACAUUAUUAUGAAUUUGUAUCACCUUGUCGUGAUUCACCAAUUUGGCCUGUUUUACCAUUAAAACGAAGUUUGUAAUUAUUUAGAUUUGUUAUUUUUGUCAAAUACAAACAUUGAUUAUAAAUAUUUUCAAACAU